ACAACCGAGGAGCAGUGCCAGGCAGUGAAAUCGGGUUGUAAACACUGAUGUGGGAAGCAGCAGUAAUGCUAACGCUGGCAAGCAAGCUGAAGCGGGAUGAUGGUGUCAGAGGCCCCCGUGCGUCCAACCCAGCGUCUGACUCCACUCGCAGGGUGUCUGUCCGGGACAAAUUACUCGUUAAAGAGGUUGCAGACCUUGAAGCUAAUUUACCUUGUACAUGUAAAGUGAAUUUUCCUGACCCAAACAAGCUCCAUUACUUUCAGCUAACUGUAACCCCAGAUGAGGGCUAUUACCAAGGGGGGAAGUUUCAGUUUGAAACUGAAGUUCCUGAUGCCUACAAUAUGGUGCCUCCAAAGGUAAAAUGUUUGACAAGAAUCUGGCACCCAAACAUUACAGAGACAGGAGAAAUCUGCCUAAGUUUAUUGAGGGAACACUCAAUUGAUGGCACUGGCUGGGCCCCAACCAGAACCUUAAAGGAUAUUGUCUGGGGGUUAAACUCUUUAUUUACUGAUCUUUUGAAUUUUGACGAUCCUUUGAAUAUUGAGGCUGCAGAGCAUCAUUUGCGUGACAAGGAGGACUUCCGCAGUAAAGUUGAAGAUUACAUUAAGCGCUACGCCAGAUGAUGAAGGGGGAUGGAUGGAUGGAUGGCAGGACCACGGCUCCGCUCCAGAGCUGUCCUGAACUGCAACAGCAGCCAAACCAGCCCGGGUUGUACCAGCCCUGUGUCCAUGUUGUACUGAAGAAGAAAACUAACUUCAUAACUUGUUCAUAUUCAAAGGAGAGUUCAGCAUAAAUACAGCAAGAAAUUGUGUCUGUUGGUUGAAAAAGUUGUCUGCUUCCUUUUACAAAUGUUUACUCUUCUGAACUGUACUGUAUAUCCUUUUGAUGAGAUAUGCUUGAGAAGUUAAAAGAAAUCACUAUUGGAAUUGUAAUUACAGGUUUUUUUUUUUAAACUCUUGCCUAAUCUGGAGGGGGGAAGGAAGAAAAAAAAAAAAAAACAAACCCAAACAACCCAAGCAGAAAAGGUGGUGUGUUUUUGGAACACUUUGAGUUGGCAAUAAAUGGUCUCCUGUGAACCAAAUCA